ACACACACACACACUUCAUUCAAAUUCAACCUUCCUCUCUCCCAAGAAACUGUAAUCUCUCCAAGCUUUGAAAUCUCAAAAACAAUGGCGGUUCCGGUUAUUGAUCUCCUCAACAACUCCGAUUCAUCAUCCGAUGAAGACUUCAGCGACUCCGAAAUCUCUUAUUCAUCCGAAGACGAAUCCAUGGAAGAAGACGACGCAUCAGUGGAAGCCGAAUCGUCGAACUCGGAAAUCACCACUGCAAGAGAAACCGAGACGAAACGUAGCGAAGAGGCGGAGGAGGAUGAGUUUUGGAUCCGUUAUCCUUAUUUGAAGAGUUUUUUGAGCACCAGUGUCGCUCAAGGUUUGAUUCCAGAGUACUAUGUGUAUGAGAGAGCUAAGCUUAUCGGAGAUGAGAAGGCCAAGGAGCUGAAUGAAAGAGGCAAGGCUUUGUUCAUCAAGGAUCUUGAAGCGUGCAAGGACAAGUGUGAGCUCAUUGCGUCUGCCAUCACCGCUAUGAAGUCCGUUAAAUGAUUUUCUGGUUUCUUAAAAUCGUUGGGAACUUUCUUUAAUGAUAUUGUUGUGUUGCUUUUGUACUCUGUUUAAUGAAAUCGUUUUCGUUUAGCGUUC